UGUGUUUGCUGGGAAGGGGAUAGUCCAGGGGAACCUAGGGAUUACAUUGUCUACCUGCCUGUGAAGGAAUUAUUUUUCCUCUCUGGAAUUUCCAUUAAAGAGAUCUUGGAACAACAUCCUAAAGGGAGUCGUAGCCAAAUUCUUACCUAUCAUCAAGACCCUGUGACAUCACUAUUAUCACCUGAUCUGCAACCAAUUUUCAGUAAAAAAUCAACGGCUAACGCGUUUGACGUCAUCCGAGGAGACCAUGAGCAGAAGCUACAGCGUCACUCUCUUGGGCCCAGCCCCCUGGGGCUUCAGGCUGCAGGGAGGGAAAGACUUCAACAUGCCCCUCACCAUCUCCAGGCUGACAGAUGGUGGGAAGGCGGCUAAAGGUGGCAUUGGUAUUGGAGACAAGGUUAUGUCUAUUGACGGCAUCGCCACGGAGGGUAUGAACCACCUGGAGGCCCAGAACAAGAUCAAGAGCUGCACUGGCAACCUCAGCCUCAACCUGCAGAAGGUCUCCAGUGCUUCUAAACCUCCUCCUGUGGCACCAAAGGACGACCGAUCAGACAUCAUAAAACCAGUGGCCCUCACCCAUCCCCCUCCACCAUCCAUUCCCUACCCUCACUCCUCCAGCCCCUCCGCCGCCCACUACAACAAGGCCCCCAGACCUUACGGGGGCUGCGGCACAGAGAGCGAAUACCCUCCUUCACAGUCCCCUUUCGCUCCCUUCAUCCCAUCCCCAUCCUCUGCCUUCACUCCUGCCUCCUCCUACACCAGUCCUCCUCCUCCUCCACCUCCUGUGUCUUACCCAUCCUCUUCCUCCUCCUCCCCCCCUGUCCUCGUUGCGCCCCAGCCAUCGGUGUAUAACACCCCGAUCAACCUCUAUUCCACUGAGAACGCAUGUGAGGUGGCCAUGGGGCAGAGGCGGGGCCUAUUGGAGAGUCAGGGUGGAGCCUUGCCUUUGGAGUUUAAUGGAGUUCCCAGGAAACACAUUGUGGACACAGACAUCCAUUUUUACCAUGUGCCCAGUCAUGCCGAUGCCAGCAGAAAGCGCAUAAUGGAGGACACAGAGGACUGGCGCCCACGCUCCGGCACCACCCAGUCCAGGUCCUUCAGGAUUCUGGCUCAGAUCACCGGUACCGAGCGUGCUCAAGAUCAGGAAGCUGACACAGACAAGAAGACAAAUGAGGAGGGAGAGGAGCCAGAACCCGACAGCCAUGAGUCUGCAGUCAUCAAGACCAUGACCAAAGCACCAACUGCAAUCCAGGGUCGACUUCCAAAGGUUGGUUUGAUCACCCCAUCUUUUGGUAUGAAGGGUAACGGAAGUGCCAGUGUCCCAAGGCGUCCUGUCCCAGCCCGACCUAUACCUCAGCCCCACCCGAAAGAUGAGGACACCUUGGUCCAGAUGGCCGAGCACAUCCCUGCUGGGUAUCGUACGCCCAUGUGUGCCCACUGCAACAUGGUCAUCAGAGGGCCAUUUUUGGUAGCACUGGGGAAAUCAUGGCAUAAGGAGGAAUUCAACUGUGCUCACUGCCGUAAAUCCAUGGCAGAUGUAGGCUUUGUGGAAGAACAGGGAUCUGUCUACUGUGAACACUGCUAUGAAGAUUUCUUCGCUCCAACAUGCAGCCGCUGCCAGGCCAAGAUACUGGGGGAGGUGAUAAAUGCCCUCAAACAGACGUGGCAUGUCUACUGCUUUCUAUGUGUUUCCUGUCAGCAGCCAAUCAGAAACAACACCUUCCACCUGGAGGAUGGAGAACCAUACUGUGAACAAGACUUCUACAGUAUGUUUGGGACCGGCUGCCAUGGCUGUGAGUUCCCUAUUGAAGCUGGAGACAAGUUCCUGGAGGCCCUUGGUUGCACCUGGCAUGAUACCUGCUUCGUCUGCGCUGUGUGCUGCACCACUCUGGAAGGCCAGACCUUCUUCUCCAAGAAAGACAAACCUCUUUGCAAGAAACAUGCUCACACAGUGAAGAUAUGAAUCUUGGACUUUCCUCACAAUAUUCCCACCAUACAUUCCCCCUUGCUCGAUGGGGUGGGAAGGCCUCUUAAUAGUUCCUGCAACAAUAAAACUCAAGCAAUACUCACACAAGCAUAGCGGCCAGAAUAAGCACGACA